UUAAACAUUUUAUAUUUAGACUGACGUCGUACUCUUUAGUCUAUUAGUCUUUACUCGUGUGACGUGUAGUUKUAUCUCAUGCUCAUCUCUCGUAUUCUUUACUAAUUUUCUGUGGUCAAACGCUCGAACUACCGUCAUCUAAGUAUCUCGUAUUCCGAAAUUCGUUUUCAAUUCCCAUUUCUUCGACGUUCUGUAACUGCGCUAUGUGACACAUCCGGUUUGAGUCCUCGACGAAACGAUGGAGUCCUGCUCGUCAGGUUACCAAAAUCUAAACGAAUCUGACCGCAGAAUCAGCAAUGCCUUUAGCUCCAAGAAACAAGCACAAGACUUUGAAAUGAGUAACGUGACCGUUGUGCCGGAUGAAACAUAUACGGUCGCUCAAGCUGUAGAUGCUUUUGGAUUCGGUAGAUUUCAAGUGAAAUUGUCGUUAUUCACUGGACUUUGUUGGAUGGCUGAUAGCAUGGAAACGACCAUACUGAGCAUUUUAUCACCCACUUUGCAAUAUGAAUGGCAGAUAACACUGUUUCAACAAGCUUUAGCAACAACUGUUGUUUUUAUGGGUAUGAUGUUGAGUUUACCAUUUUGGGGAUCAUUCAGCGACAAGUUUGGCCGAAAAACGGCUUUAACUCUAUGUUCAGUGCUAUUGUUCUAUUUUGGCAUUCUUAGCUCAAUAUCACCAAACUAUACAUGGUUAUUGGUUUUACGAGGAUUAGUCGGAUUUGCUAUUGGUUGUUCUCCACAGUCUGUUACGUUAUAUGCAGAAUUUUUACCUUGUAAACAGCGGGCGAAAUGUGUAGUGCUACUUGAUUGUUUUUGGGCGCUCGGAGCAUGCUUCGAAGUUCUCUUGGCCUUAAUAGUGAUGCCCACAUUAGGCUGGAAAUGGCUUUUAGUACUAUCCACAGCACCAUUGCUUGGUUUCGCAUGUGUGUGUCCGUGGUUACCAGAAUCAGCCAAGUAUUUAGUAACUAAUGGUCAAACAGAUAAGGCAAUUGAAACAUUAAAAAAAGUUGCACACGAUAAUGGAAAACCAAUGCUCUUAGGUAGAUUGGUUGUUGACGAUGUAGUUCUAGAAGAAAAACRUGGUCAUUUUACUGACCUCCUGUUGCCGCAACUCAGAGUCUCAUCUAUUUUACUCUGGUUCAUUUGGUUGGUCUGUGCAUUUUGCUACUACGGAAUUGUGUUGAUGUCUACCGGCCUAUUUGAGAGCAGUAACAAUAUUAGGACGUGUUCGUCAAACUUGGACAGUGGAAUUUUUAAGACUGUGCAGUCUUGUACUGCCGAAUCUCAUUAUUUGACAACUCGUGACUACAUUGAUCUUCUGUGGACAACACUAGCAGAAUUUCCUGGGAUAUUUGCCACCAUUUUAGUGAUAGAUAGAUUUGGUCGAAAGAUUACAUUGGUUUUUCAAUUCACAUUAUUUGCUAUUACUUUAUUUUUACUAUUUCAGUAUGCAAAACAUCGUGUACUGUUAACAAUCACAUUGUUUUUAGCAAGAGGUAUUAUUGCAGGAGUAUUCCAAGCCAUAUAUGUUUAUACUCCAGAGGUUUAUCCAACRCCAUUGAAAUCCAUAGGUGUCGGAACUUGCAGUGCUAUGGCCCGCCUAGGUGCUAUGGUUACGCCAUAUGUUGCACAGGUAUUGCUCAAGUCAUCAUUUAAUACAUCGAUAAUCAUAUACAUAACUGCAGCUCUAAUGGCUGCUAUAGCGAGUUCAUUAUUGCCAAUAGAAACUAAAGGAAGGGAUAUGAAAGAAGAAUAUGUGGAAAAAGAAUAGCUUUAAAAAUAAUAUUUUAUUUAUGUAAAAUGUACUAUUUCUUUUAUCAGAAGUGUAGUUUACCAUUCACCUAGGGAUUUUGAUUAUUAUUACCUAAGUUUUGAUUAUGUUUUACUGUAAGUAAUAUUUUUUAGAGCAGUUACACAACUAGUAUGUUUAUAUAAUGGAGAUAAAAAGGUUUUGUUUCUAUAGGUACUUUUAUUUUUUAUACUGGUAAAUAAAAAAACUUAAACUAUAGAAUAUAUUUUAUUUUAACUAUUUAAAAUAUAGAAGCAAGUAUUCAUGGAUUCAGACCAUUUUAGUCCUAUCUUAUAAACAUACUAAAUGUAGCAAUUACACACUUUUCUAAAUAAUUAUGGAAAAUCCCUGUGACAGUAGGACCACUGUGAUUUUCUGUUCACAAGUGACAGUCUGUUCACAAAAAAUCUUUAUGGUUAAAAUCAUGUYUACUAUUARUUCUUAGCCCUAGCAUGAAAUAAUUCUGAUUGAACCUUAAUUUUAACUUGUAUUAAAUACACAAUUCAAAGCAGCAUGGUAAACUACACUUGAUCCAUAUUUUAAUUUAUUAAAUUGUAAAUACAGUUAUGAUUUCUUGGUUUGAUAGGAAUGAAUAUUGACUUUAUGAGAAAUUAAAACUUAUUUUAUUUUUACUUACUUGCUUUAAAUAGAACCAAGUAUCUAUUUAUUGUUAAUUGUAAUUAUAUUUUUUACCGCCCAAAAAUGUUUAUGGAUUUCUGUAGAUUUAA